AUGAAUAAUUUAUUUUCAUUGGUAUUUAUUAUUUUAAUAGGACUUCUUUUCAUAUCCAAGUCAUAUGAAUUGAAUGAUCAAGUUCUAGCUGAUAAUUCAUUAACCGUAAAAGAUAUUCCAAAAGAAGUUAUUUUAAAUGAUGAAGUAGAUAACCAUAUUAUAGAAAAAAGACAAAAAAGCGGUAAAGCUCAAAAAAAGAAAAAUAAAAAAAGAAGACAACGUAAUGCUUCUUUAAGAAGUAUAGCUAUAUUGGUAGCACAAUUACAACAACAAUUAAACAAUGUUCAAGCACAAAUCAUGCAAUUGACAACAACAACGACAGCACCACCAGUAACUCCAUAA